UGAAGGUCGGUUAACCUGCUGAUCCACGGUUUGCCUUCUGACUGUUGGCUGCAUGGUUAGCCAGGUAAUCACCUGGUAAGCCUCUCCAAAGGUGAUAGGUCAAAGAGGAGGAAAGCAUGCCUGACAGGAGUCUCUGAAACCCUUUACGGCAGAGACGGACGAAGGAGCGCUCCGCUGCUGCAUCGCAACCUUCUCUCGGCUUUCCAGCAUCUAGAUUAGGGAUUCAGCAAGCAUGUCUAAGGCAGGAGAGAGGACCUCUUCCACAACCUCUGCCGAAUCAGUCUUUUCAGACGGCAAAGAUGGAGGCUCCAAAACUAGCACGGCCACCAACUCCCCGUCGGGUUCUGUCUCUGAAACGCCAAAGAAGUCCUCCAAGAAGGCCAAGAAAAACACGGAGAGCAUGAACAAAGUCUACAACUCCAUUCUCAACAAUCUUUUUGGGGCCGAAAGAGAGCUGGCUCCGGCUGAAAUAGACGAGUUGCAAGAAGCCUUCAAGGAGUUCGACUACGACCAGGACGGCUACCUGAACUACAAAGAUGUGGCUGAAUGCAUGAGAACCAUGGGCUACAUGCCCACCGAGAUGGAGCUGCUGGAAAUCGUACAACAGAUCAAGAUGCGAAUGGGCGGGUUGAUGGACUUUGAUGAUUUUACUGAACUGAUGGCGCCGAGACUCAUGGGAGAAACCAUAAACAUGAUGGGACUCAAGGAGCUCCAGUCGGCCUUCCUGCAGUUUGACUUGGAUGGAGAUGGAAAGAUCAACCAGGAGGAGAUGAAGGAAGCUCUGAAAACUCUCCUGGGGGAGAAGCUGAAGAAGGGAGAACUGGAGGAGAUCCUGAAGGAGCUGGACGUCAACGCAGACGGAAGCAUCGACUUCGAAGAGUUUGUGAUGAUGCUUUCCAUUCAUUGAAAUCUGGAAACAACACCAGCGUGGACCGGCCUGUGAAACGGCAUUGUCUAACAACACGUUGUCAUUCUCGUUUCAGUGAAGAAGAAAAAAAAAACCCUGUGAACUAAGACGUAUGACGUUGAAAGCAGAACACACACUUUGGUGAUUUGUCUUGUUAUGUAAAUAAACCAGAUAUUCUUUUGCUAUUUUAAUAAAUAAAUUUAAACCGGUCGAGUCUGUGAUUUCAUCAGGACAACACAAGAAGGAUUAGAGAGAUUAUAUAUCAGCCUCCCAGUCAGACUUUAUUCUGAAAACACAUUUUUUUUUAACCACAGGAACAAUGGGAAAAUUCUAACAAGCCAAUCAGCCUCUAAAUAAUAUUAUUUAAAUAGAAAUAAAAUAUCUACUAAUAACAACAAAACAGCGCUGAGCCUUGUCAGAUCCGCAGUCUCUGAAACCAGAGAGCGAAAUAAUAAAAGGUGGUCGGUCAGAAUCCCACCAAACACGUCCCCACCAUUAACAUUUUAGAAGUUUAUCACUACUUCUGUGUUCACACACUUCAGCAAAAUCUGCAGCUCAGCUAAUCUUCCGAAACGGCAAAAAAAAAAA